AAUAUCUUCAAAGGUCUGUAAGCUGCAUUUUACAGUAGUGAACUCCCAUCCUAUUGGCGGCGCUGUUAUGCAUUUUCGGGUUUGCCAACCAUUCGUGUUUUUCUCCCCCCAUAUUGUGUUUCCUUGACUAGAACACGGAAGUAAUAUUGGAAGUGAGUUCAUUUUAAUUUCACACAUUAUUUCUGUAAAUUAAAUAAACGCAGUGUGACCAAAUUGAAUAAGCCACUCAACUCUGAUUUCACUAAGAAUGUCUAAACUACAGUCGCUUCGUGUGUUCUUAAACGAACGCUUAACGGCGGUUGCUGUGGAGAUUUUCGGGGAAGUUGAGAAGACGGUAGUGGGGUACCAGGAGGAGAAUGAUCGGCUACGGAGAAUGCUUCGGAUCACACAGGAGAUAUCGCUAUGUAAAAUAGACCUCUCUAGCUCUGAGGAGGUUCCCCCUGAGCAGCAGUUCUGUGAGCAGGAGUGGAGCCCCAGUCUGUGGCAGGAGGACCCAGAGUCCACACAGAUUAAAGAGGAACAGGAGGAGCUCAGGACCAGCCAGAAAGUGUUUCAAGGCCUCGGGGCUGAUAUUGUAGAGUUUAAGUUCACUCCCCGUGUUAAAAGUGAAUGUGUUCAGGAGGAUCCAUUUUGUUCCUUGGCUCUUCCCCAAACCCUGACUUUGGAGAACAGAGAGAAUGAUUCUAAACAAUUGGAUCCUAACUCUUUUGUCCCUCUGACCACCCAAAACAUUUUCAAUGAUCCCUGCGACCCUCCAGAUCUAAAUGGUCUGAAAGGUGCCUCCAGUCUCAGCUUGGCCAGAAGCAGAGACCCAGAAGGACCUGCCAGCAGUCUACCAUUGGACACUCCACCACUGGAUCCCAACCUACCGUCUUAUCCAGAUCCACCAUUAGAGAAACACUGGUCCAAUCCCGGCACUGUCUCUAGAAAUACUUACUGCUGCCUUUACUGCGGUGAAACAUUUGUCCUGAAAGCUGACCUGCAGAGGCAUGUUGCUCUCUCCAAGAAGAGACCUAGUGAAUGUAACUUCUGCAGGAAACGCUACAACUCCACCUGUAAACUGAAGGCCCAUGUCAGACUCUGUCAGGGCGAAAAAUCCUGCACCUGCCCAUUCUGUGGCAAGACCUUCAAACAAAAAGGAACUCUGUCAAUCCACAUGAGGAUUCACACAGGAGAGAAGCCAUUUAGCUGUGGCAACUGUGGGAAAUGCUUCAGUCAGAAAGGGCACCUAACAAUGCAUAAACUAAUUCACACAGGAGAUAAACCAUUUAACUGUGAUUACUGCGGCAAAAGCUUCAGUCUCAAGGAUAACCUAACCAGACAUAAACUGAUUCACACAGGAGAGAAACCAUAUAGCUGUGGUGACUGUGGUAAAAGCUUCAAUCAGAAAGGAUCCUUGAAAAAGCAUAUAUUGACUCACACAGGAGAGAAACCAUUUAGAUGUGACACUUGUGGGAAGAGUUUUACUCAAAAGUCAUAUUUACUGACACAUGUAAAAAAUGUUCACAAUGAAAGAACACUAUAAGAAUAAAUAAAGGGGAAAAUAUAUGCUUUUAGAUCACAAUAAAAAGCAAGUUGUGAUCUAUGUAAUCUGUAUAAAUAAAGUGUUUUGGUUUGAAUGACAAGGUAAUGACCUUACAGUAGAAUCUGUGCGUUGGAUUGAUCAAUAUGAACGUUUGCUAGAGAAUGUUCGUAAAUGUAAAUACAGACGUGAGUAGAAACUUUCUUUAACUUUAUCCAGUGAUAAUUUUCGUUUUUGACAAGCUAUUUCAUCUUUCACCGUUUGGAUUAUAUAUAGGCAAUUGUACUGUAAGCGCGAAUGUUUCAUACUUGCGGAGCUGGCUUUACCGUGGCUUACAGUUGGUUAAAAACCAACGGAAACACCAGUUUAACAGCAUAAUUCAUGUUUUCCACUUACAAUUUCAUUUUGACAACGAAUUCAUGCUUUUUCAACUUUCCACUCAAUCUGGUUGUUUGACGCAACCGUUCUACUGCUUGAUUCAAACACCGUUAUGCUCCAAUGUUGUAGUAAACUCUAUUUUCUGUUAAUUCUUGAGCCUGCAAUGCUUGAAAAGCCAAUCUCAACUGUUUCUGAUAUGCUGGAACCAGUCCGGCGCCAAAAAUA